AUGGAGGCAAUAAUUGAGUCCCAAGUAGAACUUUACGGGCGCAUCGCGCGCACACAUGAGAACCUGAGGAAGUCAGGCGCCGAAAAACUGACGAAGGUUUUCGUGUCCACCACGCUUGGGCUCCUCGAUGCCAAAUGGCAGAAAUUCGAGGCGCAGCACGAGCGUUUACGGGAUAAUUAUCUCAAUGACCUGAAAAAACACGAGUAUUAUCUGAAGGACUUCAUGGGACAGGCAGAAGAAGUAUACACUCAUCAAAGAGCCAUGCUGGUCGAACUCGAGGACUCGAUGAGUGGCAAAGCAGCCAAGGAGGAGAUGAAGGUAAAUAUGGACGCGACCACGUCUCCCGGCACCACACUGCCACGUCUCCAAAUCCCGCAAUUCUCAGGCAAGUACGAGGAUUGGCCAGCAUAUCGAGACCUCUUCUCAUCAUUGUUCGUGAAGAAUUCAUACAUUUCCGACGUCACAAAGAUGCAUUAUUUGAAGACGAUCCUGAAGGGAGACGCGGAAUUACUUAUAAAAAACUUACCUACAACAGAAAACAACUUCUCGCUUGCUUGGCAAUCUCUCACCGAUCACUACGAGAAUACGAGACUGCUCGUUCGAUCUUUCUACGCAACUCUCUUGGCCUUGCCAAAACUGAAAUCGGAGUCAGCCACUGAUCUGCGUAAGCUCUUUCAUUGCGCCAGAAAUACAGCAGGAGCCCUCGCCAAUAUUGGACGACCUAUAACGAACGGAGAGGACCUAUAUGUGUGCCGGAUCACAGACUUGCUGGAUCCACGAACUCGGGCUCGAUGGGAAGAGCACAUUGAUGAUAAGACACUGCCAUCGUCGUUCACGGAGCUGCAGGAAUUCUUGGAGCGUCGGUUGCUGACGCUAGAAGUCAUAUCCGGUAGCAAGGUCGAUGAAAAUCCAGGGAAGGCGAGUGGCUCAAAGGUCGCUCGCGCACAUCAUGCUCAAAAGGAAAGAGAGCGCUGUGCUUUGUGUCACAAGGAUUACUGCUUGAUGAUGUGCGAGGCCUUUAAGAAGAAAACCUGUGCGGAACGGAAGCAGUUCAUUGACAGCGCAAAGCUAUGCGUGAAUUGUCUUGGAAAGCACAAGCACAGUGUGAAGGUCUCAGCAAUUGUUCUGCCUCGCCUUACACUCUACGCGAGCGUGUCAAGCACUUCAGUGAGAGACUGGCCACAUCUUCGAGGACUCGAAUUGGCCGACCCGGAGUUUUGCGCAUCAGAUAGCAUCAACAUCCUUUUAGGCGCUGAUGUUCUCGCGGAAAUAAUCGGUUCCGGUAUCAAGAAGAGAGGACCUUACAAACCUAUAACUCAGCAGACGGACCUUGGAUAG